AUGACAUCAUCUGCUGAAGAAGAUAUUUUUUUCUCUAACUUCAGCAGACACUUGUCACUUGGCAGGAAGAAGCACAGUGACAUGAAUGAAGGUCCCAAGGUCCAGUUGUCUGACACUGCCGACAGGUCCACAAAUGGCACAGAUGGCGAUGUGCCAUCAGCUGGUCUCGAAGAAGAUGGUACUAGCAAUGAUGCCAAUGAGGAUUCAGAUAUCGACGAACCACAGAAAGCAGACUGCAGUGAAUGUGGUGGUGCUGCAGCGACAAAUGAAGGGGAGAGAGAUGCAGGUCUAUCUGACGGUGAAUGUGGUGUCACUACUAUGAUGAAUGAAAGGGAGAGAGAUGCAGUUCCAUCCGAUGGUGAAUGUGAUGGUACUGCAGUGACGAAUAAACAGGAGAAGACUGCAGUUACACCCACGACCAUGCGCCCGCGUAGAUCUGGUGCCCACAAAUCGUAUACUCCUGGUCAUGAGAGCGAAUCCGCAGAGAGCUCUGACUCUGACAGUGACUGGGCAGAACUCAAAGAGAAGCGAAAGAAAGCAGAACGCACUAAUAAUCCUGCAAGACCAUUCAGACUGUCUGCGAAUGACAAGCAGAAGGGACCAGCAGUGGCAGACAACCAUAGUGACGAUGCUAAUGCUGAUCCCGAGGGCUGCAAUGAAGAUCAGACGUCUGAAGAUGGGGAUAGGGCCACACAUAAAGCAGGAAGACUGUCCAAAGAAGGUGUUUCGAAAAUGGAAGAAUUUGGCAAGAGGGUUAUGGCUGAAGCAACUGCAAUUGGAAAAGAGUUUGGGAAACACUGGAGGGUGAUUCUUAUCAAGGCAGGACUAGUGAUGAAGGCAACUCGCAACAAGCCUGGUUCCCGACUGUACUACCUCCAUCCAAAGAACCAAAAUGUGUACUAUCAUGCCCACCCAUACAAAGACCCUAACCACGCAUCCCUAUGGAAGAGAAUUCAACACCAUUGGGAUAGUGUGGUCGCCAGCCCUGAGGAUCUUUCAUCAUGGGAGUCAUCCAGUCUCAUGACAGCAGUUCGUGAAGUGUUUGCGAAAUUGGCUUCAUAUUGGUACUGUACCCACGGAAUCCAUAUCACUGGUAUCACCAUUUAUCCAGGAGAUGAGGAAUCUGGUUGGCAGGCCUCUGGCUUUUUGCGGGAUGUAAAGCGCUUGAUAGAUGAGCUUACUACAAUCCUAAAAUACAAGGACUUGGAGGCUGCUCAAGCAGAAGGCAAGAGUCUCAGUUUUCUCCCACCGCCUGUCGCAGUCCCCAAUGCUCCCCUCUUGUGCAACAGCAAAUCUGCCAGGGAUAGAAAUUGCAUGGUGGCGCCUAUAAUCAUCAGUGAAGCAUUUGCUGAUGCUGGUCAUCCCUCUAAAACGUCAAACAGCAGGUGGAUGAGGAUGCUUGACAUCCUUUACUCUAUGCAACUUUGCAUUCAUGACUGGCCAGCAGGAGUUCCACCCCCUGACCCUGAUUUUGAUCUCAAAUCGCUGUCUGCGAGUCAGUUAUGUGCCUUAGUGGGUUCAUAUCUCAGGAUGCAUCUCGGUGACAUGUAUGAGGCUGAGUUGGGCCAAGAUGAGGAUGAGGGCAAUGCAGAGAAAGCCAUGAUGACAAAUCAUAAUCAGACCAGCAUCGCAGGCUUGGGGGCCUCAGCUUUUGGCUUUUCAAACUCAGUUUCAUCUAUUGCUGCAAUGGUGACCCUGCUUGAUCCGGACACUAGGACUCCCCUCUCUCACAGCUCUACUUGGGCCGAGUAUACAUGGGAUGGCUGUUCUUUAUUCUCAAUGAAGCGUGAGACAGUGACUCUGCCUGGGCCAAGUAUACAUGAGACAGUGACUGCUCAAACGAUUCUGCCUGAACCACUCACAAUUAACUUUGGCCCUAUCAUUCAGCCUGAGGGCAUUUGA